AUGUCUUCUCCUGAAAUUUUAUCACCGGUUUCCAUAUCACGUGUUGGAAAUGCUAAUUCUCCUGAUUCGAAUGCUUCUUUGGUCGAGUUAUCGACCUCUUCUCCUCGUAAUUCGGUUAAAUUAAAGUCUACUCAAGUUCAAUCGAUGCUCAGAACAAAUCCUUAUAAAUAUACUAUAAUAGAAAAUACCGGAAAGCGCAAGUCUGAUUGUUGGUCUUCAUUUGGUUUUCCUGCCAUCAUCAAGAAGAAUAGUGAUCCUCAGCGAAUUAAUGGCUUCGUGUCAUGUAAAAAAUGUUUUACCACUUAUUCAUUUAUGUCAAAUAGUACUCGAAUGCUGAAUCAGCAUAAUUGUGAAAGUUCAAAAGAAAGAAAUAUAAUAUUAGAAGCAAAUGGAACCUCUCCAACACAAGGACGUUUAACUUCAUUUUUUCGAACAAAACAAGCAAGCUUGAAAGAAUCUGAAAUUAUGAAGAUAAAAGAUUUACAAGUUGAAUGGAUUUGUCGAAAUAUUCGUCCAUUUUCAAUCGUUGAAGACAAUGGACUACGUCGAUUGAUUCAAGAAUGUGAUCGUUAUGGAAAUAUAAAUGUAGAUCAAGUGUUGAGAGGUGCCGAUGUGACUGCUGCUCAUAGUUCUAAACUUGCUGAAGAUCAUCGAGCUCGUAUCAGCGAAGAACUACUUGAACCUCUUGAAAAUGAUGCUGUUACCUUCUGUCCCGAUAUGUGGAGUGAUCCUGUUCAUCAAGUUUCUUAUCUAGGAAUUACUGCUACGUUCGUCAAUGACCAAUUCGAAUUUCGAUCAUAUGAUCUUUGUUGUUCUCCAUUUGAAGAAGAAGACAAAACUGCUGAAAGUAUCCUUGCAUUCAACAAAGAGCAUGAUCUGGUAUCAAUUAAAAGCGACAACGAAAAUUGUGAUGAUGAAUAUGAUUUUGAAUCGGAAGAAUCCGAUGGUAUUCGUUUCUUUCGACUUCGACUGCUCGAAUUACUCGAGUCUAUGUUUGUCUUGGAACCUAUUCAUUUUGCAGCAGCAUUUUUGCAUCCACGAUACAGAUAUCUCCGCAAAUGUUCAAAUACUCAAAUUAAUGCUUGCAAAAGUUAUGUCCGAAGGCAUUUCAAAGAAAUAUCUGAACGUGAAAAUUUAAAACGUGUGGCACUUGCUCGACAAUCUGAACAAAUAAGCGAGCAGAACGAUUCUGCUGAGCCACCUCUCAAGAAAAAGAAAAGAUUCGGUGAAGAAUAUGAAUCAGGUGAUCUGAGCGAUGAAUAUGGUGAAACAGAAGAUGAAGUCGACAAAUAUUUAUCGAUGCGCAUUGAUCCUGAACUGAUCGUCGAUAAUCCUUUAGUAUUUUGGAAGUUUCACCAGAAAAAUUUGCCACUAUUGUCGAAGUUGGCUCGAAUGAUUCAUUGCAUUCCAGCAACUACAGCAACAGUCGAACGGGAAUUCAGCGGAGGUGGGCUCGUCAUGUCUGAACGUCGGUCUUCAAUCAAUCCUCAAAAUCUCAAUAAUAUACUUUUUCUCAGGUCAGCUACUCGAUGA